CUCCCGGCGCAGGUGGUGCGGUCCUUCUGGAGCAGGAAGUGGGAAGUGGAGGACUCAAGGUGGCCAGGAAAACUGACGACUUUUCUCUUUAUAACUAUUAUCAAGACGUAUUUACCUAAUACUUGCAUUAAGAAGACCAUCGAAGUGCAGCAUGUGGAAGGCAUCCGCAGGUCAGUCUGUCGCUGUGGCAGUGGAUGAGGGAGGAGACGACUGGGAAACGGACCCCGACUUUGAGAAUGACGUGUCGGAGAAGGAGCAGCGCUGGGGCGCCAAGACUGUGAUCGGAUCAGGACACCAGGAACACAUCAAUAUCCAUAAGCUGCGCGAGCGAGUGUCGUGUGAACACAGCGACCUGAAGCAGAAGGAGCUCGCCGACAUGCCGAAAGCUUCUCACGGGUACGGGGGGAAGUUCGGCCUGCAGCAGGACCGCAUGGACAAGUCUGCUGUAGGCCACGAGUAUCAGAGCAAGCUGUCCAAGCACUGCUCCCAGACCGACACCUCCAAGGGUUUCGGAGGGAAGUUCGGCGUGGAAGCGGAUCGUGUCGACCAGUCUGCCAUGGGCUUCGAGUAUGCUGGGAAGACUGAGAAACACGCCUCGCAGAAAGAUUACGCCACUGGGUUCGGCGGCCGCUACGGCGUUCAGGCGGAUCGCGUGGACCAGAGCGCCGUUGGCUUUGACUACCAAGGGAAAACAGAAAAACACGAGUCUCAGAAAGAUUAUGCCAAAGGCUUUGGUGGCAAAUUUGGAGUGGAGACGGAUAAAGUGGACAAGAGCGCCAUGGGCUUCGAGUACCAGGGAAAGACGGAGAAACACGAGUCUCAGAAAGAUUAUGUGAAGGGUUUCGGAGGGAAGUUUGGCGUUCAGACGGACCGUCAGGAUAAGUCUGCGAUGGGAUGGGAUCACCAGGAGAAACUGCAGCUGCACGAGUCACAGAAAGAUUAUUCCAAAGGCUUUGGCGGGAAGUAUGGUGUGCAGAAGGACCGAAUGGACAAGAGCGCAGGCACGUUUGAGGAGGUGGAGAAGCCGAGCACGGCGUAUCAGAAGACCCGUCCCGUCGAAGCAGCUGGGAACAGCGCCGGCAGCAUCAAGGCUCGCUUCGAGAACAUCGCCAAGCAGAAGGAGGAGGAGGACCAGCAGAGAGCAGAAGAAGAGCGCGCUCGACGACAGGCCAAGGAGAAGCAGGAGCAGGACGAGGCGCGCAGCAAACUGAAGGCGGAGCCCGUCAGCGAGUCGGUGGCGCACGUGUACGAGCUGGAGCCGGUCUCAGCAGAACCCACAUGUGAAGAACCGGUUCAGGAGGACCUGUACCUGAGCCCUGAGCCCGACGACCAGAUCCAGACCUCAGGUGCUCAGCCGGACGAGUACGGAGAGGAUCUCGGUGUGACUGCCGUCGCUCUGUACGACUAUCAGGCCGCGGGUGAUGACGAGAUCUCCUUUGACCCGGAUGACAUCAUAACCAACAUCGAGAUGAUCGACGAGGGCUGGUGGAGGGGUGUGUGUCGGGGCUCGUACGGACUCUUCCCAGCCAAUUACGUUGAAGUUCGACAAUAGACUCACUGGUUCCCGGCGGGGCGUCGGCCCUCGACUCCAUGCUUCCUUUAUCAGCCCUGCUUUCUCUUCUCUCCUUUCUCUCGCGCCAGCGUUCGCCUCAGCGCUCGCGUCCCGUUCAUGUCAGUAGGCCUGAGUAGAUGCCUCUGCCAAUAGAGAUUUAUGACACUUCUAAGAGCGUAUACACACACACACACACACACACACACACGUACACGUUGAAAUAAGAGAGUAGACCAAAGAUCAGAGAUCUUCUGGUGUCUUUGAGAAUAAAUCAUGCACAUGUGCGGCUUCUUUGCGACUCUUAAAGCUGCGUCCGUACGAACACUUUGUUCAUUUUAGUGUCUUUUUUUGCAGUGUUGAAACGGGGAACAAAUUAAUUAUGUUUGAAAAUAUGAAUGAAGGCCAAAACGUGAUGCCAUAAUAAUCACUGCUGGAAUUCGCAGUGUUUGAAACGGUUUAUAAGAAUCACUUUAAUGGUAUUUGAAGGGUUGUGUA